GCCGGGGGCGGGCGGACGGAGCGGGGGGCCCAACGCCGCGAUAUCGGUCGGGCAGCGCCAGGUCCCCGGGGCCGCGCAGGGGCCUCCCUCCAACCCGCGCCCCCAGUUCCGUCUCGCCCCCCCAGAGGCCCGGCCACCCCAGCUCGCAUCCCGGGGCUCGGACCCGCGGCCGGCCCUCGAGGGAACCGCCGCCUUCGCCUCCGCCUCCGCCUCCACCUCCACCUCCGGCGGCGCGUCUGCAGCGGCCCCCCGGCGCGGGCAUCGGGCGCCCCCCCAGGAGCGCACCCACCCCGGAGCCUCCCGCCGCACGGACCGCGCCCGCCGGGCACACGAGAAUGGUCACUCAGAUACUCGGGGCCAUGGAGUCUCAGGUGGCGGGGGGCCCGGCCGGCCCCGCCCUGCCCAAUGGGCCGCUGCUGGGCUCCAACAGCGCCGCGGAUGACAGCAAGACCAACCUCAUCGUCAACUACCUGCCGCAGAGCAUGACGCAGGACGAGUUCCGCAGCCUCUUCGGGAGCGUGGGCGACAUCGAGUCCUGCAAGCUGGUCAGGGACAAGAUCACAGGCCAGAGCCUUGGUUAUGGAUUCGUCAACUAUUCGGACCCCAACGAUGCGGACAAAGCCAUCAGCACCCUUAAUGGCCUCAAACUACAGACCAAAACCAUUAAGGUGUCCUACGCCCGGCCCAGCUCUGCCUCCAUCCGUGACGCCAACCUCUACGUCAGCGGGCUCCCCAAGACCAUGAGCCAGAAGGAGAUGGAGCAGCUCUUCUCCCAGUACGGCCGCAUCAUCACCUCCCGCAUCCUCGUGGACCAGGUGACAGGCGUGUCUCGGGGUGUCGGCUUCAUCCGCUUCGACAAGAGGAUCGAGGCCGAGGAAGCCAUCAAGGGGCUGAACGGACAGAAGCCCCUGGGCGCGGCCGAGCCCAUCACGGUCAAGUUCGCCAACAACCCGAGUCAGAAGACGGGCCAGGCCCUGCUCACGCACCUCUACCAGACCUCGGCGCGGCGCUACGCGGGGCCCCUGCACCACCAGACGCAGCGCUUCCGGCUGGACAACUUGCUCAACAUGGCUUAUGGCGUCAAGAGUCCCCUGUCCCUGAUCGCCAGGUUCUCCCCCAUCGCCAUCGACGGCAUGAGCGGCCUGGCGGGCGUGGGGCUGUCAGGGGGCGCGGCGAGCGCCGGCUGGUGCAUCUUUGUCUACAACCUGUCCCCCGAGGCCGACGAGAGCGUCCUGUGGCAGCUGUUCGGGCCCUUCGGGGCGGUGACCAACGUCAAGGUCAUCCGCGACUUCACCACCAACAAGUGCAAGGGUUUCGGCUUCGUCACCAUGACCAACUACGACGAGGCGGCCAUGGCCAUCGCCAGCCUCAACGGCUACCGGCUGGGCGAGCGCGUUCUGCAGGUGUCCUUCAAGACCAGCAAGCAGCAUAAGGCCUGACCUGCCGGGGACCCGCACCCCCCUCCAGAAAAACAAACACAAAAACAAAAAUCUCACCCAGCAAACCCCCCACCACCCCUCCAACACACCUCCCCGGGGCAGCAGAGAGAGACAGAGAGACAGAGGUAGACUCAGAGAGAGAGAGAGAGAGAGACCCACCCACAGCCGGGUAAGGG